GGCGCCUGCUCAGUAGGCAGUCCGUAUUUAUCCAACAUGGCGGCGAGGGGGCAUGUGCAGGAUCCCAACGACAGGAGGCUAAGACCUAUUUACGAUUACUUGGACAAUGGCAAUAACAAGAUGGCUGUCCAGCAGGCCGAAAAACUGCUUAAGAAGCACAAGGACCUCCACUGUGCAAAGGUCCUGAAGGCCAUCGGCCUGCAACGCACAGGCAAACAGGAAGAGGCCUUCUCCCUGGCACAGGAAGUGGCAAUACUAGAACCCACGGAUGACAAUUCCUUACAGGCUCUGACAAUUCUGUAUCGGGAGAUGCACAGACCGGAGCUGGUCACCAAGCUGUACGAAUCGGCAGUGCGUAAGGUGCCCACCAGCGAGGAGUACCACUCCCACCUGUUCAUGGCCUACGCCCGCGUCGGCGAGUACAAGAAGAUGCAGCAGGUUGGAAUGGCACUUUACAAGAUUGUUCCCAAGAAUCCUUACUACUUCUGGUCUGUGAUGAGCUUAGUGAUGCAGGCCAUAUCGGCUCAGGAUGAAAAGCUCUCUCAAACCAUGUUCCUGCCACUGGCCGAGAGGAUGGUGGAGAAGAUGGUGAAGGAGGAGAAGAUGGAAGCAGAGGCAGAGGUGCAGCUGUACUUCAUGAUCCUGGAGCGCUUGGGGAAGUACGUGGAGGCUCUGGAGAUGGUGCGGGGGCAGCUCGGGGACAUGUUGACCAGUGAUCUCGGGGGGAGGGAGAGGAAGUCUCUGUUGCUGUACAGACAGUUGGAGCGCUGGCCAGAGUGUAACGCCCUGUCCCGCAAACUACUGCUCAAAAACUCGGAUGAUUGGCAGUUCUACCUGUCGUACUACGACUCUCUCUUCCACCUCAUAGACCAGGGCUGGAGUCCACCUGAGGAAGGAGAUCACUGUGUCGAGGGGGAGGUGCAGUAUUUGGUUGCCCAGGCGAUCAGCUUCGUGGAGGAGCGCGUGUCGGUGGAGGAGGUGAAGGAGGCGCGGCCUCUCCGGGGGCCAUUCCUGGCCCGGCUCGAGCUGAUUGGCCGGCUCAGGGUGCGAGGCUGUCCCGAGGAGCAGCAGCUUGGCGAUCCUCUAGAGCUGAUGUUCCAGUUUUUUGUGAAGUUUGGGGACAAGCCCUGCUGCAUCACCGACCUGAAGCUCUACCUGGACCUGCUCAGCCCAGAACAUCAUGUACAGUUCAUAAACCGGCUGAUGGAGACGGUCCCCCUGGUCUGUGCGGGGGCCCCGGGCGAGCUGGCGGUCCCCGGGGACACGCGGGCGAUGCAGAGGCACAUGUGUGUGUCCCAGCUCAGCCGGGCCCUGGGGCUGCAGCACGCCCUGGAGCCCUCCGCUAAACUGGGGCUCCUGCAGGAGCUGAAGAGCCGCUACCGCCACGGGCUGCAGUUCGGAAAGGCGUGUCUGAAGACGGAGCUGCAGUUCUCCGACCCGUACUGCCUGAUGGGAGCUCACGUCUACAUCGACCUGUGGGAGGAGACCGGAGACGUCUCCAUGCUGUGGCAGUGUAUGGGGUUCCUGGAGGAGGGCUUGGAGAACAGCCCCUCUAACGCCCAGUUCAAGCUGCUGCUGAUGCUGCUGUUCUGCCGGCUGGGCGCCUUCGGGCCUGUGGUGGAGCUGUACUCGGGCCUGGAUGCCAAACACGUGCAGCACGACACCAUCGGGUACCUGCUGACGCGCUAUGCGGAGUCUUUGGGCCAGUUCGCCGCUGCCUCCCAGUCCUGUACUUUCUCCCUCAGGUUUUUCCACUCCAACCAGAAAGAUACCUCAGAGUACAUCAUCCAGGCGUAUAAGUACGGAGCAUUUGAGAAGAUUCCCGAGUUCAUCGCCUUCCGGAACAGACUGAACCGCUCCCUGCACUUCGCCCAGGUGCGAACGGAGAGUCUGCUGCUCGACCUGUUCCAGGAGGCCGACGUAUCGUCCAGCCUGGAGGACAGUGUGAGGUCUCUAAGUGUGUCCCCCGAGGAGCAGGACAUCCCCUGGGCAGAGCUGAGGGACAACCGGGACCUAACCGUGCUGACCAGCUGGGACCCCACGGCCCGGCAGCUCUCUGCGGAUCAGAGACAGCAGUCCUUGGAGGAGGAGUCGCUGUGGCUACGGUUGCGCUCCCUCACGCUGCGAUUGGUCAGCUCGCUGGCCAACCUGGGCCAUCCCCCCACCCCCCGGAACUCGGAGAAGACGGCAGAGAACGGGCUAUCCUGCAAACCCGACGUCUUACGCCCCCUACUGACCGAGCUCGACGCCACGCUAAUAGAUGCAGGACGCUUCGUAGAGAGGGGCGUGCAGUACCCGUUCCUGGGCCCCCCCUCGUCGCGCUUGGCACCCGCCCUCUCCAGCGGAGGUUGCCAGUGCCAGGCGGAGGCCUUCCACCUCGCCGCCCGGCUGCAGGAGCUUGAGGCCGGAGGGCUAGAAGAAACGUCCGAAGUCCAAACGCAAAUCCGGGACAGUUUCACAUCUUUAACAGAACAGUUACAAGAAAUGUUAAAUAAAUGCAAGGGUGACCUGUUGGAGGGUACAGAUACUCAGUGCAGAGCUCAGCCCUCCCUGUUAGAGAACCUGGUCUACUUUACUGAGAGUGUGUGUAUAGUCCUGUGGGUCUCCAGUUACUGCAGCAGUGUCCUCCGGCCACUCAAGUCCAGCCUACAGAAGAAGAAGAAGAAGAAAAAGGAGACAAACAUUGUCACGCCACCAGUGUUUAACGGGUUCCAGGACUUCGUGAGCGGCCUGCAGACCCUGCUCUCCCGCGCUCUGGACCACAUAAAGGAGCAGGAGGCCUCUCUCACCGCACUCAAACUGAGCUCCCUGUCUCUACAGGAGCCUGCAGUCACACAGGAUGAGGGGAAGAUGGUGGCCGUUGCCAUGGAGAAGGUGCAGAGCAGUUACCUGCGGUCUCUACAGGAAGUGAAGGAGCUGUUGAGGAAGAGGACGGACACCCUUCGCAACCUCAAGAUCUGAACCCUGAACCCAUGAGCCCUUGAACCCUGAACCCAUGAGCCCCUGAACCCUGAACCCAUGAGCCCCUGAAUCUUGAACCCAUGAACCCCAAAUCCCUGAAUCCCAAUCCUCAGCCCUUCACCCCUGAAUCACAAACCCCUGAAUCCCAAACUCAUAACCCUGAGGCCCAAACCCCAACCCUGCCCCUCUCAUUGUCCAUCUCUCUCUGGUGUCUUUUUUUAUUCUCUUCUCUUCUCAAUUUUCGGUUCUCUCUCUCUCACGCAAGCAUCCUCACACACACACACACACACACACACACGCACACACACGCACACAUGCGUGCACACACACACACUCUCACACACACACUCACACACACACACACACACACCACAGCUCUUCCUCCACACAGCUGUUUAAGACUUGAUGAGUUGUGCAUUACAGAGAAAAAAAAUGACAAUGUGUAAACAAAACAUACACAAAGAACCUACGUAUAUAAGCAAUUUCUGAAUAACUGUUCGGAUGAGUUAUUGUACAUAUUCCACUACAGAAAAAAGAACUACUAAAUCUACAGAUCUUUUUUGUUUUUAAUUUGUCUGUUGCCCCUGUUUACCUCUAGAGAAACCCACCCGUUCCGUUUGAUCCUCCCUGCUAACAUCAGCCAUGCAAGGGAUUGUGGGUAAGCCGCAAGUGGGUUGUGGGUGCAGUCAGACAUUUUUUCAGUUAAUUUGAUGCAGCAGCAUUCUUAAAGCAAAUGGCUGGAUACUAUUCAUAAGGCAUCUGAGGGCUGAUCUGAGAUCUUGACUUUACCCAUAAUGAGCUAAAGGGCCAAACUGGUCCUAGGUCAGUACUCCCUUUGUAUUUUGCGAAUGUAGGACAUGAAGAUAUUUUACUAGGGCUAUGCUGUUUAAAUUCUCAUUACAUUACAAUUUAUUUAGUGGAUGCUUUUUAUCCAAAGCAACUUGCAGUUGAUUAGACAAAGCAGGGGACAAUCCCCACUGGAGCAAUGUGGGGUUAAAGGCCUUGCUCAAGGGCCCAACAGCUGUGCAGAUCUUUUUGUGGCUACACUGGAGCUUGAACCACCAACCUUCUGGGACCCAGUCAUGUACCUUAGCCACUAGGCUACGGGCACAUUAGCCACUAGGCUAUAGGCUGCCUCCAGGUCAGUGUAAGCGCUGAUUAAAUGUUUUGGGGGGAAACCGUCUGUGAAUCAUUAUCGGGGACAGAACUCUUUCAGAACGCCUUCUACAUUUAGAAUAUUGUGCAAUUCUGGACAAUUUAAAGAAGAAGUGGAAGUAUUUCCCAAGCUGAGAGUGAGAGGAUUAAAAUGGCUGCCACUCUUAAAGAGUGACUGGGUUCAAGUGUCUGGAGUUCCGUCUCUGGGCCUCCCCUGAAACCAGAGCGUUGCUCUGACUCAGGACAGAAUCUUCUCACGGAACGUUCAAAUCCCCCCCCCGACUCUCCUCCGGCAAGAGUUGGAGUGGGAGGCGCCCUUUCCCCCUGCUCGUAAGGAUGGGACUUUUCUUUUGGGAUUGUUCUGUUGAUUUUGAUGGAUUUUGGGGGAGAAUUCUAUUUCACCGACUUUCAGCUUGUAUCCUGACGGGCUGCGGGUAAUUGUUAAUAAGAAACACAACACCGCCAGCUGAUUGGUGGUUGCUUCCAUGCUACCAAUGUGCGCUAUGGUCAAGCUCCUCUCUGGUUUCUGGACUGUCCAAUCCCUGUUGUAAUGCCCCUGAGGUGCAUCGGGAAGAUGAAUUGAGACUGUGUUCGACCCUAAAAUAUAUAUUUUUAAAUAAUGUUUUUUUAUUUUUUAUUUUUUUUAAAUCUUUUUUCCAAACCCAUUAUCGGAGCAUGCCUGGUCUGUGACAUGGUUGAACGGUUAGGUUGUAUAAUUUCAAUAAUAAUUUCAGAUUCUUUUGUCUGUUUUGGUGUCUACCAUCUUUAUUUUAUUUUCUUUUGCUGUAUUUUGUUUUCUUUUUGUGUAUAAAUUAUAUACCAAAUAAUGGCUUUACUGUGUAGCUAUGCCAUUUAUGAACUUUAGGAAUGCAAUUGUGUGUUGUCUUAGAAGCCAUACAAUACGGAGAGAGCAGAAUGUACUGCUGUUUACAAGAGAGACCCUGUAGGGCUUUGACCUCUUCCCUGUCCCAUGCCACCCUGUAUCUGCACUCUGAAAAACCCCUUCAUUUAUGCAGUUUUUUGGUCAUAGGAUUAGAUUGUUUAUUUUUAAUUGAAAUGGAAAAAGUGGUUGAAAACUGUGAACAAUGGUGCGUAUGAACAAUAUCCGUUACCCUCUCUGAGCUGCGAGUUAUUCUCACCCCUUAAAGGGUCUCUCUGUGACCCCUGAAGUGGUCUAUCUGUAACCCCUGAAUGCCAGGGACCCUGGACUGGCUCUAUGGGCAGAAGGACAGAUGAACCUGACUGAACGGCACACUGUGCGGGAACAGGAAAGAGAAAAACACUGAGAACGGUGAACAAUCUGCGUUAGCAUUUGUCAUCUGGUCUGAAGUUUGGAACCCUUUGUUGUUUCUUUUUGUUAAGAAAAGUGGAAAACUAAAAACUAAACAAAACACUGGAAUGUUGAAAGGAGUUUUUUUUUUUUUUUUAAUAAAGCCCUUUGGAAGAUAAAAAGAAAAA